UCUCCUGCCCCGCCUUAGCUCCCGCGCUAGAGAGAAACAUGUAUCGUUUCCGAUCACAGCUCUUCACGGGGAUUUCUGCUGCCGCCACCGCCCACUCUCACCCCCGCCGCUUCUCGCCUCUGUUGUUAGUCGAAUAUUCGCCUCUCAGUCGCCUGCCGCACAGACGCACAAGUAAAAAGUGCAGCUCCAUUGGCUGAUCCUCGCUAAUCUCCUAGUUCAAGCGGCACCGGGUGUCCCACGAUGCCGAAGAAUAAGAAGCGGAACACUCCCCACCGCGGUGGCAGUGGUGGCGGCGGCGCAGGGGCAGCUGCAGCGACGGCGGCGGCAGCAGGUAAUGGGAUAUCCUCGCCGCCAGCAUCCUGGUUGCCGGCUGGGCCAGCCAGUCUCCUAGCUUUGGGCACAGUGGGAGUUGUAGUUCUCUCUCUCCUUCGGGCGUUUGUGGUUUCGAGGGCGUCUAGCUUGUUGGCGAACUACAAUUCCCAGCGUGCACUGGGGGGCAUGCGUCGCGCCAUUUGGAUCUGGCGUGCGAACCCCACUCUUGACACCGGCCGUGGGGGCGGGGAGGAAGCGAGUAUUCUUUGGACCCAGGAGUUGAGAUCUGUGGCGGGGGGUGGGGGAGGAGCUGUCGUCAGAAGCCGGGGCGCGCUCUCCCGAGUUCUCGUUGACUAAGGUUGGGGCAGAUCUUGAAGCUGGCGUUCAUGCUGUCACUGGCCGUCUCUGACCCGCCGGCGCCAACAUGGAGUUCUCAGGAAUGCCACCCGCCCAGCGCAUUGGGGAACGUCCGGCCAGUUUGUACGAGCUUUAGCGUCACGCGGCAUGGGCCUUGCGCGAUGGGGCCGGUGCCACGCAGAGGUGCCCGCCUGGCAUCCCCAUCCCGCCGCCUUCCUGCUUGUCCCGUGCGUCUACCUGGCCGGGGCCGCUGUCGGAGCCCACGCUCUGCUCCUGUCCCUACCUAGCACCCGCCGAAGCCUCAAGCCCUAAUGCAGCAGCCGGCGCGACCUCCUGCUCGGCUUUGUGCUGCAUUCUCUAGGUCCUGUGGAGCGAGUCCGGAAUAGGCAGGGGUAGUGAAGAGCUCAGACAGCAAUUGGCUAAAAGUUUAGGGAUUCUUUUUUUUUUUUUGUGGUCUCCUGACAGCAAAGCUAAAGCUUUUUCUGGAUGGAUGGGUAGGUGCUUAACUGAGUUUAUGGUUCUCAAGUUACUAACCAUAUGGUUAAGGAAAAGAAGAAAGGAUUCCAAGCGGAAAGCUCUUCUACAGCACACGCCACCAAACUCAAAUCAAGUAUUAACGUAUACUAGUUAAAGAUCAUCUCAUCUAGUAAUUGGUUGAGAUCAUAGAUUUAAAUAAUGGAGUAUCCUCAGGCAUUACCACAUCAUGCCACUUGGAUCCUCAGAAUGAUACGCCUUUGUUCACUAGAAAGUACAUAAGCCAAUUUUCUUGUUAAAGAUGAUUGGAAACUGGCAUUUGAAAAGAUUUAUAGCCUCACUGAAACCUGUGAUCAUGAACUACAGGUCUAAUAACUGACUGUAAGAAUAGAUUUUUAUUGCUUGCAGGUAGGUAAAAAGAAAAGCAGAUUUUUCCUUUUUGCUCUUGAUUUCACCUGAAUGCUGUUGAUGUUCAUAAGUUCGUUAUUUUUGAUCGACGUGUAAAACAGUUUGUUGUGGUAUUUAUUUAGUUGCUCUCUGUGCUUCAGUUUUUCCUCAUCUGAAGUAAACAUUUGAAUUCUAUCUAGAAGAUCCUUUUUAACUUUAUUCUUCUUUAAACUUAGAAGUUUAAACUGCUUAAUAGAAAUAAUGGAAAAGCAGCAAGCUAAAGUUAUUUUGAAAAUGGUAAUUAUGUUAUCGAUGGCCACCUUGAAUUAUAAAAAACAAACCCAUUGCCAGUCCAUUUGAUUCUGACUCAGGGCGGCCCCAUAUGUUACAGAGUAGAAUUGCUCUGUAGGGCUUUCUUGGCUGUGAUCUUUCCAGAAGCAGAUUGCCAGGUCUUUCUCCCAUGGGGCUACUGGAUGGGUUUGAACCACCAACCUUUCGGGUUAGCAGCUGAGCGUUGUGCCACCAGGGCUCUUUUUUAGGUUAGAAGUCAUGGUGCAGCCAUUAUUACCUCCUGAAGCCUCCCUGACAGAUCUUCCUUGUACUUUUUUUUAUGCCUCCUGUCCUUAUUGCCCUUCAGAUUUUACAUCAAGGCUCCUUUGUGGCCUUUCAUCAGCCUUAUUGCUGCCUUUUCUAUUAUUUUGUUUUCAAUAGAAAAGAUACUUUUAAACAUGAAUUUUGGCAUGUAAAGAAAAUGGAGAAGAAUUCUUGGAUUACUUUAUAAAGCUGUGUAUAUUUGGAAUACCUUUGGAAGUUUACACUAGAACUGGCUAACUGGUUGACUUUGGUGAGUGGAACUGGGGAGGGCAUGAGGGCGAGAUUUACUUUUUUAUGUUUUCCACACGAAUGCAUUACUUAUUCAAGAUAUAAAAAAAUAGUUGAGCUGGAAAAUUAUUACAUACAAACUUGUGCUUACUUGCCAGCCACUUUACUGUAAUUUUAAAUGACAUAGAAGAAAUGGAAUUUCAAGGAGAUAUCUCCACAUAUACAAUCAACUUUAUCGCCUUAAUGGGUUUUCCUUUAAAACUUUUUUUUUUUAAAAUAAAAUUAACAGUGGGUACUAGAAAGCUGAUAAAAUCCACUUCUUACACAAGAUAAUGGAGCCACGGUGGUACAGUGGUUAAGUGUUCAGCUGCUGACCAAAAGGUUUGCAUUCGAAUCCACCAGCUGCUCCUUGGAAACUCUAGAAGGCAGUUUUUCUCUGCCUUUUUAUAGGGUUGCUGUGAGUCGCAAUCGACUUCAUGGCAAUGAGUGCUUUUUUUUUUUUUUUUUUAAACGCAAGAGAAUAUGUUAAUAUGGGACCGUUUCGACUUGUUUUUUAUCCCCAUUCCCUAAUUGUUCUCAUCCAUCCGUAAUAAAGAUUGACCUCAGAGAAGCUUCCUUUGACCUCCUGGUCUGAUUUAAAUGCCUCUUUUUGGGGGGUUGGCACUCUGGCUUCCUGUGUAUAGCUCUGUCAGAGCUCUUAGUAAUGUUGGAAGAGCGAGCAUUUUAAAGAAGGAACAAGAACAUGUUAGUAGUGUCCCCACCAGCAGUUGCCGUUGAGUUGAUUCCAAAUCGUGGUGACCCCACGUGUGUCAGCGUAGAAUUUUGCUCAACAGAGUUUUCAGUGGCUGAUUUUUUUCGGAAGUAGAUCAUCAGACCCUUCUUCCAGGGUGCCUUUGGGUGGACUUGAACUUCUAACCUUUGUUCAGCAGCCAAGCGUGUUAACUGUUUUGCACCACCCAGAGCCCUUAGGUGACUAAAGAGUGCCAUCACAUUGAGUGCUAUUCACAAGAAGUUAGGCAUUUGUACAGGGUUAUUUUCUUGAAUUUUAUAUCCUCCCUUUGGCCUUGAGUCUUUGAGAGAAGCCAUUGAGAAAAAUUAGUUAAGAGAAGGGAGCUGACUAAGAGCUGGCAGGCAUAGGAGUACUUUUUUUGGAAGUAGGCUGAGUAUGAAAAAGGAAAAAAGUCAAUUUAUUUGUGAUAAAUGUUAGUAAAAGUUAAUCAGAUGAUUAGCAAGCAUUGCCCAGAAAAUUGUCAAGAGCCCUUGAAACAGCCAUUUAUGUUUUAGAAAGACUUGUGAUUCUUUGUUUUUUUCUUGUCUUAAAGAUGUCUUUUUUUAAAGCACUCUUAAGAAGUUUUGGGGUCUUGGCUUUGUUACUUAUUUGUUACUCUUUGCUGCUUUGAUUGGUACAGUUUAUUCCCUUUAGAGGAAUAUUUUAAGCUGAUUGUAAAAUAAUAAGUAUGUCAUGAAUUUCUCUGUGUGUCUUUUUUUCAUGGGGAAAAGUCAAUUUUAUUUUGUUAUUGUGUUUUAGAUGAAGGUUUACAGAACAGACUAGCUUCUCAUUGAACAGUUAAUACACAUUGUUUUGUGACAUUGGUUAACCCCACGACAUGUCAACACUCUCCCUUCUUGACUUUGGGUUCCCUAUUAUCAACUUUCCUGUCCCCGUCUGCCUUCUGGUCCUUGACCCUAGGCUGGUGUGCCUCUUUAGUCUUACUUGAUUCCAUAGGCCUGUCUAAACUUUGGCUGAAGGGUGAACCUCAGGAGUGAUUUCAUUACUGAGCUAAAAUGACGUCUGGCGACCAUAUUGUCGGGGUUUCUCCAGUCUCUGUCAGUCCAGUAAGUUUAGUCUUUUUUUGUGAGUUAGAAUCUUGUUCUACAUUUUUCUCUAGCUCUGUCUGGGACCCUCUAUUGUGUUCCCUGUCAGAGCAAUCAGUGAUGGUAGCCAGAUAGCAUCUAGUUGUAUUGGACUCAGUCUGGUGGAGGGUGUGGCAGUUGUGGUCCAUUAG